AUGAAUGUAUCCGAUCUGGAAACGUACGAGGUGAGUUCCUGAAUACCUAGCCCCGACUCUCAUUGCCCUGCGUGUGGCUGACUCGUUCCUCCUCGCUUCUCCAUCUCCAUCUCCACCACCCACCACCCACCUCUCCUCCUCGCUCUACUCUCUCCACAUGCACAGUACCAACUAUCGCAAAUCAAACUCGCCCUAGCCAAAGACCCGACCAACACCGACUACCUAACCCUCAAGGACGAACUGACCAGUCUAAUCGACCUAACCAGAGAAUACCUCGACUCCAUCACCUCCUCGACUCCAACACCCUCCACGACCAAACCCUCCACUUCCACCACCGAACCCCAACCCCGACCCAAACCCAAACCUUCCACUUCCACUUCCCAACCCACUUCUACCUCAACCCCCAUCCCAACCUCCUCCAAACCGACUUAUCAAUAUCAAGCCGGACAAGAAUGUCUCGCCAAGUAUUCGGGCGAUCACAAAUAUUAUCCUUGUCGAAUCACGACCGUCGGAGGCUCGGACGAGAAUCGAGUUUUCAGUAUCAUCUUUCAUGGUUACGAAACAACCGAAGUCGUGGCUCUCAAAGAUUUGAAACCUUUACCUACUACCACUACCACUUCUACGCAAACGGGACAAGUUGGAAUCGGUGGUUCGGAAGGGAAGAAACGUUCGGGCCAAGUCGAAGAUCCGGAAGCGAUCGAGAAGGAGAGGAAGAGGAAAAAGUACGAAAAAAAGGCAGAGACGCAGGCGAAUAAGACUCAGGAACAAGGUUUGAAGCAAAAGAGCUGGCAGACGUUUGCGAAAAAGGGAGCCAAGAAGGGCGUCGUCAUUCCGGGCAUUCAAGGUGCGCAAUUCUCACGCCGGGGGGCGAUGUUGCGAUUGGGGGGAGAUGGAAAGUGCUGAUACUUUCACUUUGGCAGGUGCGAGUAUGUUCAAAUCGCCUGAGGAUUUGAACCCACAAGCCAGGGGUGAGUUCCCCAUCACGUUCCCAUCGAACGCGCGGAUGAACCGCACACUAAUGAUCUUCAACGGCGAGUGCACAGUCGGCGUCGUCGGUUCGGGGAGGGGCAUGACCAAAUCGCUCGAUAAGAAGAAGCAGAGCUUUGUUUGA